GGUUUACAUCAGUUGUUGUUUUUGUGUAUAUAAGCAUCUCUUAUCCUCCUCCCAAUCGAACAAUAUCUUCUCCUCCAUCAAGCAACUCAUCAACAGUCAACAGCAUCCACUCAACAACUUCAACGCACAACUACUACAAAUCACAUUUUCCUAAACAACAUCGUCAACAUGGCUGGCACUGGUAACGACAACCCCGGCAACUUCGCCAACCGCCCCAAGGAAGAGGUUCAGGCCAUCGCCUCCAAGGGUGGUCAGGCCAGCCACAGCGGAGGCUUCGCCAGCAUGGAUCCCGAGAAACAGCGCGAAAUUGCUUCCAAGGGCGGCAAGGCCUCCAGCGGCAGCUUUGAGCCUGGCUCCGAGAAGGCCCGCGAGGCCGGUCGCAAGGGCGGCAAGGCUUCCGGUGGCACUGGUGCCGACGACGAUGAGUAGAGGUCAUCAACCUUUUACUACGACUACCAUCAUCUGAUUUUGACCUGGCGCACGGGAUACGAAUUAAUGACUUUUGUCUUUGGAUGACGGAACUGUUACAACAGCACGGGAUAUGACACGGGGUUGCAAUUGGGAUUUAUUUGGCUGGCGUGAGAAGGCGCACUCAGAUAAUUUUGCUUUGACUCGGUUAGCACCUUUCUCUAGGCAACUGAAUGCUUUGACAAUUUGCUAAAAAGACUUGUUCACU